GCACAGGGCUUGGUUGAAAUUAUGCACAAAAAGAUGAAUAAACACGAUGGAAUUAUACUUUUCACAUUUUAUUUUUCACUCACUUCCAGGGAUAGGAUUACUAUGGAGGAUUCACAUUUUAAAUACCAAAUUUUACAUAGGUGCAGAUUGCCAUGCCGUGCUGCGGGGCAUUACCACUGCCCCUAUUGUUCACGAACAGUUAUAAGGAGAGUGGACAUGGAAAGGCAUUUGUUCUUGUGCUAUAAACAACUGACUUCACAGUCUGUGGAGCCUGUCCUGCCUUGUGCCGCCCCAUCAGUGGAGCCUGUCCUGCUUCCUGCCGCCCCAUCAGUGGAGCCUGUCCUGCCUCUUGCCGCCCCAUCAGCGGAGCCUAUCCUGCUUCCUGCCGCCCCAUCAGCGGAGUCUGUCCUGCCCUGUGCCGCCCCAUCAGCGGAGCCUAUCCUGCUUCCUGCCGCCCCAUCAGCGGAGUCUGUCCUGCCCUGUGCCGCCCCAUCAGCGGAGUCUGUCCUGCCCUGUGCCGCCCCAUCAGCGGAGCCUAUCCUGCCUCUUGCCGCCCCAUCAGCGGAGCCUGUCCUGCCUCUUGCCGCCCCAUCAGCGGAGCCUAUCCUGCUUCCUGCCGCCCCAUCAGCGGAGUCUGUCCUGCCCUGUGCCGCCCCAUCAGCGGAGCCUAUCCUGCCUCUUGCCGCCCCAUCAGCGGAGCCUGUCCUGCCUCUGCCGCCCCAUCAGCGGAGCCUAUCCUGCUUCCUGCCGCCCCAUCAGCGGAGUCUGUCCUGCCUGUGCCGCCCCAUCAGUGGAGCCUGUCCUGCCUCUUGCCGCCCCAUCAGCGGAGCCUAUCCUGCUUCCUGCCGCCCCAUCAGCGGAGUCUGUCCUGCCUUGUGCCGCCCCAUCAGCGGAGCCUAUCCUGCUUCCUGCCGCCCCAUCAGCGGAGUCUGUCCUGCCUUGUGCCGCCCCAUCAGCGGAGUCUGUCCUGCCUUGUGCCGCCCCAUCAGCGGAGCCUGUCCUGCCUUGUGCCGCCCCAUCAGCGGAGCCUGUCCUGCCUUCUGCCGCCCCAUCAGCGGAGCAAGACCACUUGUAUGCACGGCAACCGGUGCAGGGUGCAGCAGAGGUUUAUGGGAGGUCUGUCAGGUGUCCCCAUUGCAAUCUUAG